AUUUGCCCUCAGUCCCCCGGCUGUGCGGACAUGCUGCUCCUGCUCUCCUCCUCCUACUCCUCCUUGGCCGCCGCUCCCAGAUUCACCGCGCCGCGCCCCCUGCCCGCCCUCCGCCGCGAUCCCGGCCUGCCAAGACCCCUACAGCCUCGCAGGCCGUGGUUCGUGGCCGCACCCUUACCGCCGGUGGCGUGCGCGCGCGAGAGGCAGGCCGGCCGCUCUCCUCUGGUGUGCCGCGUGGUGUUCCCGGCACCCGACGAGUAGUGGCUCGCUACUCCCGGAGGUGCAGGUGUAAAUGCAGUCCACAAAUUCGGCAUGAGCCCCCUUUCUGAGCUGGUGUGGUCUCCGGAUGAGGGUUUGAGCAUUAAAAUUGCAGCAUCCAGCCUAAGCACUAGGAAGGCUUCUCUUCGCUGGAAUGCAGAUACAUUGAGCAUAGUAAUAUCUUCACCCCAACAAAGUGGUGCUGGUGGUGCAAAGAGCAGUGAUAACAUAUAUGAUAACCCAGAGGUGUCAGAAAAGAUGCCAUCACAACUACGGACUCGCAGUGACAGCUCAGUGAGAGUAACAGCUAACCCAAAUAGAAUUGCUACCCUUGAUGCCCUACGAUCUACGUCUAUGAGAUCGCAUGAGCAAGAUUCAAGGAUCAAUGUUAUGAACGAAGGGAAAGAAGGGUCUGAAAACUGCUGCAUGGAUAAGCCAGAGGACAUGAAAGUGGGUAGUUGUCCAACAAGACGUUGCGAGGAUGCUUCCCACAGUUCACCUUCCAGGAAAAAAGUCAUGGCUAGUGUUUCAGAAAACCAGGUUUACUGUGCAACCACAGUCCAUAAUGAAAGAUCUUGGGCAACUAAUGCGUGGCGUGCUCGAUUAAUAAAAGCAGUUUGUCAGAAAGAUUCUAUGUUGCCAAAGAACACAGAGAAUGCACUGCCACCUUCUUCCUUAGGAAUUUCAUGUGAUGCAGGAGAGUUCUCGGGCAAAUUGGUAGGUUUCAUAGGUAACAGAAAUGUUCAGACUCUGGGCAAUGAUAGCAAUCUAAUUAGUAAUGUUCCAGCCAUUCAUUCUCAUGGCAAGCACCAAGACCCGGUUCUGCAGGAAAGCCAUAAGGAUGAGCCUGUUGUUGCGAGAGGGGAGUCAGCAUCUGCUGUCAAUGCUGUUGAAAAAUGCGAGUCAGCACCUGGAGUUGAUGCCAGAAAGCUUGAGAAGGGCAAGGAAAAAGUUAUAUACAAUGACAGCAAUUUUGUUAGCAAUACAAAGGAGAGUGAUGACAGCAAUGAGAGCAUAGAGAGCUGUACGAGUACAAAGGCGCCAAAGCGGAAGCAUUCGCAAUGUUCUGAAGCCAAGCUGCCAUUUGGAAACAAAAGAUUUAGAAGGGGAGACAAUGAGAGUUCUUGCUCAGGUUUACUGGAAAAAUGUGGUAGCUCUUUCUUUAACUGGAUGUCAUCACUCACAAAUGGGUUACCCAUGCUUGAUGAAGCCACUGCUGCCGUUCCACUUGAUCAGAAGUUUUCAGCAAGUACAGGAGAAGGAUCUGCUGCACCUCCCCUGCUACUUCAAAACAACAGUGGCAUUCCUAUGCACUCUGUUGGCUUCAAUUCACUCUUCCAGUCUCUGUAUACUCGUAAUGUUAUGAUAACUUCAAGAAAUAACUGCCAUCAAUUAGGCACUGGACAUGUUUUCAAUAGACUGGCCCUGGAACUAAAUAAUAGCAAUUCUGUGUUGGACAAACAAAUUGGCAUGGGCAGAGAAACUCUUAAUGUGACUGCUGAGACUUUAGCUGCUGAACGCUUACAAAUGGUUUCUGGUGGCAGUAAAGGAAAUUUUCAUAAUCAAAUCGACAUUUUCCCAACGAGACUAGAAAGAAAUAUGAAACUGCCGAACUCCAGUCAGUUUUGUUCUAAAUCUCUAGAAGAAAAACAAAAUGAGUGCACUGUCGGUUGCUCAAAUGAUGCAACAAGAAAUAAAGGUGGUUUUGGGGAAAGCUUGUGGGUAAGUCGGCUUUUGCCAAAAACAUCAUUGGAAGUGAUGGAGGCAACACCAUGCAAUGCAGACAGUGCUGUUAAUCCAAACGCUGUGGGCGACAAAUUGUAUUGUCCAUCUCUUCAAAAUUUUAAUGCAGAGAAGGAAUUAAACGGUGCACAAAACCUCACUAGCAGAGGAAGCAGCGAUGGUGCAACAAGUAGUAAAUAUCCAGCAAUGCCUCCAGAAGAACCUAAGCAAUCUGAAACAAUGGCUUCUGUUUUUGCAAAGAGAUUGGAUGCACUUAGACAUGCAAAGACCUCUGCAGUAAGGUUGGCUAUCGCAUGUGAUCGUGGAAUGCCCAAACUGAAUAACCACAAAACAAACUCUUUUGUUGUUAGUUACAAUAGCCGUGAUGAGCUAGAGGCGGGACAGGAAACUCAUAAAUCUUCUAGUGGAAAUGGAAGAAUAGUUUUGUGGGCACACGACAAAGUUAAGGAACAAAGUAACGAAGAAUUAAGAGGAAACAUGUCUGAGCACAAGCAUCAGGAUCAUGGAGGGAGCACAGCUGCUCCUCAGCAUAAUUUACAAGUGAACACAUGGGCCGAAGAUAUUGAUACAAGAAGAAUAGAAUUGAAGGAAGGCAGCUCAGAUGUUAUGGCUGGUCUGCCAGAUAACAAGCAAAUUGUACCUUAUGGCAUUAUGCCCAAUGUUGCCUGUGAUGAAUCAAGUGUUGUUUUUGGAGCCUUACAUAGGCUUCGCUUGUCUCGCUCGGAUAUAAUAAGAUGGCUGAGAUCACCAAUCAUGCACACUACCUUAGAUGGCUUUUUUGUGCGACUACGAUUUGGUAAAUGGGAGGAAGCAUUGGGUGGCACUGGAUACCAUGUUGCUCGCCUGAAUGGAGCACUGGAUAGGAAUCGCCUUUCGGUAACGAUCAGAAAUUCAACCUGUCAAGUAGAUUCUCGCUUUGUAUCCAACCACGACUUCCACGAGGAUGAGCUGAAAGCAUGGUGGUCUGCUGCCAUGAAGGGUGAAUGGAAGCUACCAUCAAAAGAAGAGCUGAGUAUGAAGCUAAGAGAAAGAGAGCUACUUCGUUCUUAGAACAGAACGACUCAGAGACCUGAGAGCAGUACCAAGAUAUGGAGAUUUCUGUCCAUCAUGCUAGUUACCUUAAUGGGGAAAAUGCCAGUCAGUUGAUGUGCCAUGGCUACCGAUCGGCUGUAUUUUCGUCUGAAAAGGCGCCGCUGCUGCUAUCAUUAUCAUUCUUGGUAUGUUCAGAUGUUAGGAUGCCGUUCUUUGCUGAGUCAUGGGUCUCAGUUAUAGCAUCACCUUGUUGUAUUAACAUAUGAUUUGCUAUUAUUUUUGUGAUGGGAUGAGGCGCUAUGUGAUAUCCCGUCGAUCUGUAAAUAUAGGAAGGUACUGACAGAACGGUACAAUUGUACAACUGUUAAUUAAUACUUCCUUGAAAUAAGAUUUAUUUUUCGCCACUGUCA